UGGCUGCCAUGCUCUCUAUACAGGGGGACUGGGACCAAGUCCUGAGGGAGGCUGAAGGGGAAGUCUGGGUAUCCUGCAAGAUUCCAGGGAAGCCUACGAUUCGUGGAAGCCUGACAUCGAAGGGUAUAAGUUCUGAUGGGGUCCUGGAAGUCACCACCUCCGAGGAAUUUGUUGUACAGGAAUCUCCUUAUGCAAGUUUUUCCAACGUCCACGAAAAAAAUGUCAGUUACUUGGACAUCUCCAGCGGAGGGGACCUCGGAGUCUCCAGCAGCACAGAUCAGACCUUUAAGGUGUGGGAGACCCAUAAUGCAGAAGUAAAGAGCGUACUGGAAGGUCACACGAUGGACGUCUUCUGCUGCAAGUUCUUUCCCUCAGGGCAGGAGGUGCUGAGCGGCGGGUUGGAUUCGCUGGUGAAGGUCUGGUCUGUAAAUGAUGGAAGCUGCUUAGCGACACUGAAAGGACACAGAGGAAGUAUCCUGGACAUCGCAGUUGUGGCUGAUGGACAGAAUGUCAUUUCCUCGGGGCAGGAUGGCACAGCUCGAUUAUGGGACUCUGCCCAAGGCUCCUGCAUAUCGGUGGUGGAUGACUCUUACUCCCCUAUUAACGCCAUUGCUGUGGGCGAGGUUGGGAAUUCACUAAAUCUGGGCUCUUCCAAGGAAGCUCCUAGUGAUAGGGAAGUCGGAACUGAAGGGAAACUGCUGAUUUUGGCCCGAGAGGAUAAAUCAUUGGAAGGAGUGAGCCUGCACAGCCGCCAGUCGGUUUUCAUUUUUGAAGGUUCUGACCCUUUUAACUGCUGCACCUUUAUCUCCAGUGUGGGGGUGCUAGCUGGGGACCUUAAUGGUAACAUAUUCCACGUAGAUAUCAGGAACCCAAAAACUGCUGUGGAAACUGUUUCCUGGUCAGAAAGACCCGUGUUGUCAUUGGUUCCCUUCAGAGACACCUACAUCGCCAGUUAUGGUAAUGGAACCUGCUACAUCCCCUCGAAGGGUUCUGAUCAUGUUCUGCAGCUCACUGGGCCUCAGAAACAACCCGUGUUCCAGGUUGCAGCAUGGAAGAAGCUUGUGUACAGCUGCUGCAGAGACGGAUUCAUCCGCAAAUAUGAAAUCCCAGAUCUGGGAUAGAUUUGCAAACUGUACAGAAUUUCCAAUUUCUGAAUUACUAACCUGCUUCCUAUGUUUCCUCUGACCAAAGAUCAAGCCUUAUAGAUGAGAAACAAUAUAUUGUAUUUAUAGCGAGAGUUUAACAGCCAGCUGUUUUAUAUAACAUGGAGAGAUGCAUAUAUGUGUUUUUUUAUAUGGUGAGCACAGACAAUACCUUCCCUGCAUAUUUCUACUACAACUUAUGGGAAGGAAGUAUGCAGCAUGUGUUUUCAGUAUGUUAUUAUAUUUACAUAAACAGAGUUCCCUGUA